AUGGAGCAUGUUCGAGCCCUUCAAGUCAACAUUCCAUUUGUGGAAACAAUGCUUCAAACACCCAAGUACUUUAACUUGCUAAAGGGUCUAUUUGCUGCUAGGAAAGAUUUCGCUGAAGUCGCGGUGAUAAUAUUGAGUGAGCUACCAGAAAAGAAGGAUGAUCCAGGGAGCAUCAUAAUUCCAUGCCAACUUGGAAAUGUACUUGCCACUCAAGCGUUGAUCGAUUCGGGUGCAAGUAUCAACUUAAUGCCCUUCUCUUUCUUCAAGAAGCUGAAUUUACCGGAGCCAAGACCAGUUAACAUGAAGAUCCAUUUGGCGGACAAGACGACAAUUCAUCCAAGAGGCGUUUUUGAAGAUCUUCUCAUUAAGGUCGACAAAUUUAUUUUUCCCGUAGACUUUGUGGUACUUGAUAUGGAAGAAGACCUCGAAAUUCCAAUUAUUUUGGGGAGAUCGUUUUUGAACACCGCAUGUGCAUUAAUUGAUGUAUGUGAAUCCACACUAACGUUCAGGGUCGGAGACGAGUCAGUCGUGUUUAAAGCUUUGCCAGAGAUCAAGCAAGAAGAAGAAAGAAAAGAUCGAAGAGAUCUCAUUCAAUUAUUUGGAUGA